UGUAUUCCUUAGCGAGUCUAGGUACACAUCCACACCAGCCAAGAUGAAGGUUCUUUUUGCCUGCUUCGGCCUUGUGACUGUCGCCGCCGCCGUGCCUGGACCGAACGAGGACACCAUUCCCGAGCUUUUCCAUGACCAGUCCGAGUACGUGUAUAACUACCGCUCUCUUGUCGCUACUGGUAUGCCCCACCAGUCUAGCCGCUAUGCUGGUGUUGAAAAGUACGGUACGCUGACUGUCCAGAUGACAAAGCAACAGGGCAGCUCCAAGGUUCUUGGCCUUCAUCUAGGACACGUUCAGACCGGCUCCUUCGACAAGGAGGUCGAGGAUAUCGAGAAUCGUCGCGUCGAGGGCGUCUCCCGCACUAUCGAUGAGAUGAUCUCGAGGUACGGCCCCGUAUUUGUUAGUUACCAGGAGAAUGAGGUUCAGAAGCUCCAGGCUCCCCAGGGCAUGCCUGAGGAGAUUGUGAACGUCUACCGAGCCAUCGCUGCAGCCCUUACCGUCGGCAAGCCUGAAACUCAAGGUUGUGAUAGCCAUCCCUUCAUGUUCCAGGGCGCAGACCAUGACCAGUGGCGACAUGAACGACCCAUCGUCUACCGUCGUUACGAGCAAGGUAUCGCCGGAACCUUCGAGACCAUCUACGAGAUUCUGUCCUCUCCUAAGCAAAACCAGCAACUCAACGUGACCAAGACCAGGAAUUACAUGAAACAGAUCGGUCGUGAUGGUCGCUAUUUCCAGAAUGGCCAUGAUUGGCGUGGUUGUCAGAAUGUCUGCCCUACCCACAGGCCCGAGAGGGUUGAUGCCAACAUGCAGCCUGACACUUCUGGAUGGGAGAUGCCCGCCGACGAGGGUUGUCCUGCAAUGUUUCAUCCCAAGCUUGAGCUUGUAGAGGCUUAUACCACCUAUAAUUAUAACUUGACUCUUGAGCAGGGUGGAAAGUUGGGUCUCAUCCACGAGGUCCACGCUUUGGACAAGAAGGUCCUUCCCCUCCGUCACCAGCAAAUCAUGACUAUUUCCGUGAUGAAGCUUAGCCUUGUUGAGCAGCGUCCCAUCUCGCAAAUCUGGCAAAAGGACGGGGCUACCAAACAAUACGAAGACUUCAUUUACCGUUUUCCUGAGGGGCAUAGGUAUGACCUUGCCUAUCUCGCUCUUUUCAAGAAGCAGCACAAUGGUGAUAUGCUUAAGGAGCAGAUUAUCUCUAUGAUUAAGGCUCUUUCCGAGAUUAUCGUCUUUGAUAACAUCAAGCUUAAGGGACAAACUGGUGAUAAGAUCGUGCAGCUUUCCCAGGCUCUUGGAAAUCUCAGUAAGGAGGACCUUCAGGCCCUUUGGGGCAUCGUUGGGGAGCCUGUCCAGGCCAGUACCCGUACAGAGCUCGAGCAGGUUCAGCGCAAGGUUCUCAUUGACACCAUCGGUCUUUCCGGAUCCAACGAUGCUGCUGAAUUCCUCGUUGAACUCAUCAAGCAGCAGCAGUUGUCCAUCCUUGAGACUGUUCAUGUCCUUGAAGGCCUGCAGAAGAAUAUCGUUAACCCUACCACCCAGACCAUGGAUCGUAUUCUCGAGAUCUGCACUGGACAAAUGUUCCAAGAGCAACCUAUCGUAUUCUCCACUGCCUGCAUCGCCCUUAGUGAAAUUGUCCGCUCCAACUGCGGCCAGCAUCAGACUCGCCAAUGGCAGAACCAGCAACAGUGGCCACAGUGGCUGUACGAACAACAGACUAUCGGAAACGGCAAGCAGAUACAGUUUUGUGGUGAGCAGGAGUACAAGCGCUUCGUCUAUGCUGUCCGUGAUCAGUUGACUUCCGCUAGGAGCUUCACACAGCAGGGCGUAUACAUCCAGACCCUCGGCCGUCUCUCCCACCCUGAGGCCAUCACGGCCCUCGUCCCCUACGUAUAUGCUGAGCCUGAGGUGAUCACCCAAAUUGAGAAGAUGAACCCCAACGAUAAGGAGGAGGACAACUCCGAGUACGUUCAGUUCCUUCGGCAAAUCGCCAUCUUCGCUCUACACAACUCCGCCAAAGAGCAUGGUGCCGCUGUCUAUCCUAUUGUUCAGGGUAUCUACUUCAACCAGGAAGAGGAUUACGACAUCCGUAUUGCCGCCCUCUCUGUCCUUUUGACCACUCAGCCUACCGAGGCUACCUUCGGUCGUAUCGUCAUUGAGCUCGGCCGUGAACGCAACCAGGAAGUUGCCUCCUUCGCUUACUCCGCUCUUCGUUCUAUGGCCAACUCCACCCUUCCUUGCAUGAAGCAGUCUGCCCGCCGUAUUCAAAACGUUCUAGGUGCUCUUCCCCAGAAUAGUUACGACCUUUACCGCUCCAAGUGGUAUACUGCUUCUCAGUACUUCCCCCUCCACAACAUGGGUCUUAAGGGUCACUGGGAGAUCAUCCAGUCUAACGUGUCUGCCAUUCCCCGCGCUGUCUACACUGGCUUUACCGCCAACAAAGGCCCCUUCAUCUCCAAUAUAGGUGAGUUUGGCAUGCUCGCCAAGGGUUUGGAAAAUCUUGACAAGGGCAUCCCCCAAAAUGGUGGUAUGAGCAAAAUUGUCGAGAACGUCCUGCAGCGCAUGCGUCGUGGUGCCCGCACCGGACUUAUCAAGCAAAUGCUUGAGGACAUCGAGCAGGCAAUGCAGUUUAACACUGAAAAGAAGAAUGAGCAUCCUCGCGCCGUUGUUUUCGGCAAUUUCCUUGGUAAUGAGCUCUACAUGCCCUUGGACAAGGACUACAUGGGCGAGAUUGUUAAGAAGGUUGGUGAGCAGAUCAUUCAACUGCAGGGUACUGAUAAGACUUUCCGUUACGUUCAUGUCCUUAUGCCCCACACCUAUAUCCAGGUCGCCCCAGGCGUCAACGGUCUUCCCGUUAUGCUUGCCAACCAUAACCCCAUCGUAAUCUCCCUUUCCCUGAAAAACCUCCAAACUCGCUUCGGUGCCGAAAAAGGCCAGUUCAAGCUUGACCCCUACAUGAUUGCUGCGUCUGGCUUGAUCAGGCCCACCGUAUACUAUACGUCUAUCCAUACUGCCAAGGUCAUCAAUCCAGUGGAAAACACCCGCUUUGCUCACGGUGUCCGCGCUAUAGAGCAGACCUACGUUACCUUCCCUAUUGAUGCUUCCCUCCAAUACACCCAGCAAACCAGGACUGUGGGUUUCACUUUCCGCCCACGCUUCGAGCAAAUCUUCUACCACAUGACUCGCGCUAUGACCUUCAAGACUGAGGCUUUUCUUAUUCGUUCCGUUGACAAACCUUUUAUUGAGCAAUACACAACCUUCAAGACCCAACCGAAGCCCUUCAUAUACGAGCGUGUUCUUGGUGAGAAGCUCGGUAUGGCCUUCCGCGUUCAAGGUCUCUCUAUGAGCGAAGACUACGCCGUCGACCCUAUCCGUGCCCGCAUCGCCGGUAGCGAGCCCAGCACUGCAGCCGCCCUUAUUAAAGAGGUCGUCAACGAGUGGUUCCUUUCCCGCACCUGGUCGGUUCGUAUUGAGCCGACUGAGCAGAAACCCGUCGAGGAAAUCAAGCUUGUCCUCCAUAUGAGCGACCUCCUCGAGGAUCGAAUAUCCCAGGGCAAAAACCAGCAGCAAAAACAGGAACGCCUUUCCCACGAGCAGCUCGUCGAGGAACAGGCGCACCCGGAGAACAUGCGUAUGAUAGCCUACAGCCAGGAGUACGAGAAGGUCACCGGCCGAAAGCCCGAGAUUGAGAACAUCGAGCAGGCUGUUGAACGUACCACCAAGCAGACCGAGAAGUACUGGUCACUCGUUGAGCCUGAGCUCGGCCGCAAAUUGAAUAAGGAUAACAUCCAGGUCUGCUCUGUCGAGUACAUUCUUACCACUAACAGUCAGAAGGAGCAGCAAUUCGCUGUUACUGGUCAUAUGAUCGUCGCUGCCACCCUCUCUAAGCAGGCCCAGCUCGUUGAGGUCAAGAUGAACGUUGAAAAUUCCCCCAUUUAUUUUGAGGGUCAGGCUGUCGCCGCUUUUACCAAAGCUCCCCAGCCUUUUGAAAUUGAGGUCAACGAAAAAGAACCGCUUGGUGUCUUCGGCUUUAUCGCUCAACUUAAAACCGCUCAGACUGGCAAACAGCAGUAUGCUGGUAAGUUUUUAAUGAGCAUGUCCGAGGAGCAAAAAGAGCUGAUGAAGCGGCCCAUCCAGGAAAUGCCUUGGUUCCGUAGCAAGUGCGAAAAAGACAAGAAGGAACACCAGUCCGAGAUGUCUACCGCCUGCGAGGCUACCCGGUACCAUAUGUCUGCCCUGAACAAGCUCACCUUUGAGAUUGAGCUUCCCCAGCAAAUUCCUGACGGUUUCGCUAGCAUCACUCACAAAGCCCGAGAAGCCCUGAAGACCCACUUUUACAUGAACCUUCAUGCUAACUACUUCGACAAAAAUAUUCAGCGUGGAAGGAUUGAUGGUGAGCUCGUCUACUCUGAUAGUUACCCUGAGAUGUGCAUGGUCAACUUCUCCAUCCACACCCCCGAUCAGGAGGAUCUCUUUUUCGAGCGCGUCGCUGUUCCUAAGGCUCUCCGUCCCAACACUAUGUGGUCCAUUAAGGAGCAGGCCAAGGCCAUCCUCAGGAACGGCCGGCCCGAACCUAUCUGCAUUUACAACGGCCUGAACCUCCGCACUUUUGACAACGUCACAAUCUCCGUCAAGACCAUGAAGCAGGGUGAGAAGUACGUAAUCUUGCGCGACAUGGACGACGAGCAGUCUAAGUUUACCAUUCUUGCCAAGAGGAUCCAAAAUUAUGAACAGUAUCCCGAGACUGAGCUCCACGUUUUCCUCCGUGAAUCCACUUUCAUCCAACUAACUCCUCCUAAGCAGCAAGGGCAAUACAACGUUUGGGUGAACAACACCAUGGUGGACGUCACUUCCACCAAGGCAAUAGUUAGCCAGUACGCCGGCAGGAACAAACACAUGGUUACCCUCCACGUCGAAGAGCACAUGGAGGGCCAGGAUACCCUUGUUAUGAUGGUCCAUGACCAAAGCAUGCGCAUUGUCUACGAUGGCAAGAACUUCCAGAUCGAACUGGCUAAGUGGCAGCAAAAAGGUCAGCUUACCGGUCUCUGCGGUAGCGCGAACAACGAGUAUGAUAAAGAACUUGUCGGACCCCGCGGCUGCCUCUAUAAGCUCGAUAAGGAUUUCGUCGGCGCCUUCAGCAUCAAUCAGGAUCAAGCCGAAAGAAUGCAGGGUGAGUGGACCUGUCCUGAGGGUGUUCAGUCCCGUGACGCCACUCGAGUCCAGAUCACCAAGCAGCAGCAGCAAUUCUCCACUGAGCAGCCCAUUAUCCGCCAAGAUCGUGAUCGGAUUAUCGAGGAGACUCGUAUGAUCACCCUGGGCGGCAAGAUCUGCUUUUCCGUUGAACCUGUUCCUACCUGCGAGCACGGUUAUCAGCAACUACAAGGUGAAACACGCUCCGUUGGCUUCUCCUGCCAUGCUCCCAACCAUCCCCGCACUAUUCAGAUUCAGCGCCAGGUCCAGACUCAACUAGUUGCCACUGACCUUCUUAGGUCUUCUUCCCGUCAGGGCAGUAUGGUCUACUACGACAUCAGGGUUGCCACUCGUUGCACCCACUAGAAAGAACCGCUACUGACAUUUACGAAAUAAAGGCAAUUAGAUAACAAAAA